GCAGCAAGGUUAUGCUGGUUUUCUGGCGGGAGCUAUGGCUCUAAUGAAAAAUUAAACAUAUAUGUGUAUAUGUAAAUAAUAAUUUUAAUUGUUGUAAGCAAAUGUAGAUGUUUACUUAUUAAGUAAAUAAUGGACGAAGAGGGUUUACUGAAAAAACGAAAUAAAGCACAACGGGAUGGAAAUGUACAGAUACUAUCCGAUGUUCAGAAGAAACUUGGUGAUUUAUUUUAUGAUAAAAAGUGUUAUCAAGAUGCCCUUGAAGCUUACAAAGGCCAACUUCAUGCUUGUGAAUCCAUAUCCGAUAGAUUAAAUUGUGCAAUAGCUCACCGAAUGAUUGGGGAAGUUUAUGCGGAAAUUGAAAAUUUUAAUGAGGCUCUCAGUCAUCAAAAUCUGCAUUUAGAAAUUGCAAAAGAGUUGAAAGAUCAAAUCGAGGAGCAGCGAGCCUAUGCCACGUUAGGAAGAACACAUUUACUUGUCGCUGAAAGUCUUAUAAAAGAAUCAGAUAGUGAUAAAAAGGCAGAAGUACUGAAAAAUGCUAAAAGAGCCUUUUCAAAGAGUAUUAGACUCUGUGAUAAAUUAGAAAAUAAAAUAGAUAUUAGUGAGCUAUUGACGAUGAGAGCACGAUUACUACUAAAUCUGGGACUGGUUUUGGAGCAGCAAAAGGAUACGGAGGAAGCUCUGAGUCUAAUUAAGCAAGCGGCGCUAUUAUGCAGAAAACAUAACUUAUAUGAAGAUUUGCAUAGAACAAACAUAGCACUUGCUGGUCUUAAUGAGCGGCUGGGAAACUGCGAACUGGCAAUUAAACAUAUGAACGAUGCUGCUGAGGUGGAUGAUAUUUAUUUAAAGGCAGAUGCGCAGUUGUUAAAAGCUGAAUUACUUUUAAAAUUAGGAGAGUGGAUGGAGGCGCAAAAAAUUUUAUACCAUUUAUAUAAAUCGAAGCAUCUAUUAGAGCCUAUAAGACAGCAAGUCACAAAGUUGUUAAGAAUAGCUGUUGUUUUGUGUCGAAGCGAAGACAAAUUGCUAAUAGAAGAUGAUCUAUCAAUAAAAGAGAAACUUUAUGAAACAAUGGGAGAUGCGGCCAUAGCCGUCCGCUCGUUAGACAAAGCAGUGUAUUACUAUCGAAAUAUGUUAACUUGUGCUGAGAAGACAAAGAGCGGCCAGAUUGGUGCUGCUUUGACAAGUUUAGCCCAGACACUACGAGACGCUGGAAAAUUUCAGGAAGCCAUCUCAUAUGCUCGGAGAGAAUUGGAAUCGUGCAGCAACGGAAAGGAUACCUGUAACUGUGCCUUAUAUCUUGCUGAUUUGCUCGUCGAUGCCAAUGCACCGGAAAAUGAAAUUCGCGAGAUGUACAAUCGUGCCGUAAUUUCAGCAAAGGACUGCGAAGAUCGAAAUUUGGAAAAAUCGGCUAUUAAGGAUUACAUAGAGUAUUUGGAAAAGAGCGACAACGUUGAUGUAAAAUUAAUCGUGUCGCUGAACGAAAGACUUGGAGGAGACUUGUCGAGCUCACAAUCUGAUUGUGCGCAUUCCGAGGAGAAUGAGAGUCCCGAUAUCGGUGCUGAUAUUUGUUUGGACGAUCUGUCAGAUUUGGAUGAAAAUCUGAGCGAUGAGCAGAAACACAUAGUUAGCAAGAGUACAACGCGUCGAACGAGAUACAUUAUGAAGAAGAAUGAAAAGGGCGAGUCUUUAUUACAUGUGGCUUGCAUAAAAGGUAACAUAGCAACGGUGGAGAAGCUAUUAGAGGAGCAACACCCGACAGAUGUACGCGAUCACUGUGGCUGGACGCCUUUGCACGAGGCAUCGAACCACGGUUACGUGGACAUCGUGCGACAGCUGGUGCACGCAGGCGCAAAUGUGAACGACCCCGGGGGCACGAAUUGCGAUGGGGUUACGGCGCUUCAUGACGCGGCAGCGAACGGUCACACGGCCGUCGUCCAGCUGCUCCUGGACAAUGGGGCCAAUCCGAACCUCCUUACGAGCAGCGGUGAGAGCGCCCUCGACUGUUUGGAACAGUGGCGGGAUCGCGUUGGGGAGCUCACUUCGAGCGAGUUAAAGGAGUACGUGUACGCGAAGCGCCGACUUGCCGACCUCGUCACCGUCAAGUCCAGGAGAAAGUCAAAUCGGGAAAGGACAUCAAAGGGAUGGAACGCCUUGGUCGACGAGGAGGACGAGACGAUCGUCGUUGAGCGCAAGCCCAAUACGCUGGACACGUGGUCGAGCUUGACGGAAAAUAUCUCGGUGGGUGAGGAUUAUAAGCGGACGAUUGCGAGUAUGCAGCACCCGGGACGGCUUAAACUACUAUCGAAACAAGCACCGGCCCCUAGGAUCACAGCACCGCUCAUCGACAGCGAGGAGGUGCUCAUCGAUGAUUGGCUUGAGGAAGACUUGUUACCGGCCAAGCGCCGUGAUCGACAGUUGCAACCUGACUGCCUGCCCGCACUUACUUCUACAGCUAAAAGGAAAUCUAACAACGACUCGGACCGCGAAAUCGAGAGAGACGUCGAUAAGUGCAUCAAGCGGCAGAAGAUUACUACGAGCUCGUCUGCCGCAUCGAGAAAAUCAGAAAAAGAAGGAAAGGAACAAUGUUUUGCCCAGGUUACGAACGAGCAGCAACAAACAUCACUCCGGUUGAUAAAUGACGACAGCUGCGAGAGCAAUGCCAACGAGUCCAAUUUUGAUUCCUUCGACGAGCUUUUGGCCUGGCCGAGGAAGCGACUGCCGAAUAAACGACGCCAGACAAAUCUUCUGAAGCAGGGCUUCACGAAAUCCGUGCGCUCGAGGUCACCUUCGUUGUCGCCUGAACUCCAGGUGCCCCAAUCCAACCAAGAGAAUCACAUCAGCGAGACCAUCGACCUCGAAAUCAUCGUGGAUGGAGAGACCUUCGAACUUACGCUGCAUAUGCGCGACUUGGGGAAAACAAUGAGCGACAUCGAGGAGCUGAUCAGACAUAAAUUCGAGGCAAAAACCGGCUGCAGACCAAAAAUUAGCUUUAACACCGAAGAUAAUGUGACUCUGGCGCCAGAAAUUAUUCUUGAAGAAGUGCCCAGAGGAAGAAAUAAACUAAGGCUGUUUGGCAUUAUUACGGCGAAUGAUUUACCCCCGAUUGCCGAUAGAUAUAAUAAAGUCUGCGAGACAUUAGGAGUUUCCAUCACGGACUCAAUGUUAAAAUCAUUGCGGAGCUGCGAUAAUACGUCAACGUUUCGACUGAAUGUGAACGAUAGCGUACCCGAGGAGCUGGAGCCCUUGGCGAAAUGUCUCCAUUACCAGCAUAGUCUGCAGUCCCUCGUCUUAUCGAGAACAACGCUUGUCGGCCAAGGAGAAUUGUUGAACUACGUGAUGACGGGGUUGUCGGGACUCGGCGAACUUCACCUUCAAUGUUGCGACAUAAACGUCAACUGCCUCUCGAAGAUCGAUAGGCUACCACCCCAAAUUCGGGUCCUCGAUCUUAGCUACAAUCCGCUUGGUCACGGCUCCCAAAAGAAACUAUACGAGCUCCUGGAGCCCCUUAAGCGCUUGCAGACUCUUGGACUGUGCGCCUGUGAACUCGAUGGCUUCGAGUUUAAUCUCGGGAGUCCCUCCCUCGUCGACCUUGACAUAUCAUGGAAUCGAAUAGGUGGUGAGGGCGCAGUCAACCUACUUCAGAGGCAGUUGCUCAAUCUUAAUCUGUCAAAUACACAAAGUUUUGACUGCAAUUGUGCAAACGUCAUUGAUAAAAUUUUCUUUACCGAUUCCUUGAAAUUUUCUCUCUUCGCUCUGGAAUCAUUAGAGCUGAGCUCCUGCCUAGCUACUGAUUUCGACGUUGAAAAAAUUCUCUCUCAAACGCCAAAUCUGAUGAAAAUUAAUCUUAGCAACAACAUAAACGUCACGAGGACAUCAUUGUGUGCCAUUUUGGCAAGGAAACCAACCAUGUCACACAUCGAUUUGAGUGGCUGUAGACUUAUCAACGCACCGCCCGAGGCUAAUCUAAAACUCAUUACGCCACAAAUAUGUACUUUGCUUGUGCAUAUGACACAUGAUGUGAUUGAUUAUUGGGAGAUACUUUGGCGAGGUAGAGGGCAUUCCAAAAAACUUCCUCACAAUUUGAUUGUAUUCAAGCCGUUAUAAAGUUUAUUUCUUAAAUUUAUUUAUUUAUUAUAU